AAAAGCAUGCUACAUAGAUUCACGGAGAGACAAUCCCUUGUCCCCUCCCCCUGCCUCCACAUCCCUCCUUCACCAUUAGACUGGUAGUUUAACACAAGCCUUCCUUAGUGUAAUAUGCUUCACCAGCAGCCAAGCCCAUUUUCUCUUGUCUCAGUCUCUUGCCAUCACAUUGCUUCUCACCUGCUGGAGAGCUUUCUUUAUCUGUAGUGCACACUGCCUGGGCACCCCCAUACUCCUCUUCUUCAACUUACCUGGAAUUACCUAAUCAACUACUGCAUGAAACAGCAUGUGACCGCUAAAAGAAGUUGUGCUGCUCGGUGUAAACAGCUACAAUUGGCCAGAGGAGUUACGGUGGUAGGAGCAGAACAUAGGCUGUACACUCCCCUGCCAUAAGUCUAUCGAUAUCUGUGCUGAAGCAGGGAUAUCCAUAUAUAACCUGGACUGUAAUACUGGGAACACACUUACCCUACCUGUCUGCAGACUGCAGUAUCCACCGACUGAGCAGAAUCUGGACAGUAGUGGAUGCGGGAGGCGGAGGCUCAGGAGGCGGCACCGGGGCGGGCCCAUCUGCUCACUCUCUGCAAACUUUUCCUAACCUUCAUCUCCAGAAUAGUAAAUACCCCAGCAGCACGUUGCAGGCUGCUGCUCCGGCUUGGAUUUUACAAAUCUUGUGGAAGGAAUAAGGAGAACGCUGGGAAGAGGAGGAGGGAAGUGACGCCGCUACCUGUGUGCUACAGGCAGGGGGAAGACCUGCUCGGCUAUGGGGAGCACCUGGGAAUGGUUCUUUGUCCUGGGACAGACUGUGGCCACUCUCCUGCUCGUACAGUCCGCGGAUGAGGUCGUUCCUAGGCUCACCUUGCAGUACGGUUCUCAAGAGAGGACAGUAAAGAAGUUUAAUGCAGACGGAGUCAGUCAUUACACGCCUCUGCUGUUGAGUAAAGAUGGGAGCAAGUUGUAUGUGGGGGCGCGGGAAGCCCUGUUCUCACUGAACAGCACAAAUUUUAAGCCAAUCUCAAGUCUGAAGUGGGAAGCAGAGCCUCAGGUUAAGAAGAAUUGUGUUUUCAAGGGAAAAAAUGAUCAGAGAGAAUGUCAGAAUUACAUUAAGAGUCUCCUGCAGCUGAACAGCACACAUCUGUACCCCUGUGGAACAUAUGCAUUCAGUCCGAACUGCUCCUUCAUUAAAAUCAAUGAUUUUACUUUCGAAAGGGACUCUAAUGGGAAUAUAACUUUGGAAGAUGGAAAGUAUAGAAUUCCUUUUGAUCCGGUAUAUAAGUCCCCCACGAUCAUGGUUGAUGGCGACAUGUAUGGUGGAACUGUCACCACCUUCCAAGCAAAUGAUCCCAUCAUUUUCAAGAGUCAAGACAGCAAGAUUUCUCUGAAGACUGAAAAAUCUUUGAACUGGCUCCAAGACCCAGAUUUUGUUGGCUUGGCUCAUAUACAAGAAAGUCUUCCCAAAGGAAACCCAGUGGGGGACGACGAUAAAAUAUAUUUCUUCUUCACGGAGACCGGGAAUGAGUUGGGAAAUUAUUACGACAACCCUUUGGUUUCUCGUAUUGCCCGAGUGUGCAAGGGGGACCUUGGCGGGGAGCGUGUCCUGCAGAAAAAGUGGACCACGUUCCUGAAGGCAACACUUCUGUGUACGCGCCCAGAAGAUGGUUUCCCCUUCAAUGUGCUCAAGGACAUGUUUGUGCUCACGCCAGGGGAGGAACAUUGGAAGAAUACCAUUUUCUAUGGUGUCUUUACUUCCCAGUGGAACAAUGGAGGUGUUGGCAGCUCUGCUGUGUGUGUCUUCUCCAUGAAUGACGUACAGAAGGCUUUCAAUGGCCUCUACAAGGAAGUGAACCGGGAGACUCGGCAGUGGAGCACAUACACCCAUUCUAUUCCAGAGCCACGACCUGGAGCUUGCAUUACCAACAAAGCAAGGAGCAUGAAAAUAAACUCCUCACUCCAAAUGCCUGACCGCGUAUUAAACUUUAUCAAAGAUCAUUUUCUGAUGGACAGUCCUGUGCGAAGCCAACCAUUGCUUCUGCAGACACAGAUACGCUACGAGCAGAUUAGUGUGCAGAGAGUCAGAGGCCUGAAGAAUACCUACGAUGUCAUGUUCUUGGGAACAGAUGAUGGGAGACUACACAAGGCUGUCAGUGUAAAUAACAAAGUCCACAUUAUUGAAGAGAUCAAAUUGUUCCCAAGUGCUGACCCAGUCCAGGAGCUGCUGCUUGAUCACAGCAAGGGUCUAGUUUAUGCCUCAUCGCGUUCCAUGGUGACACAAGUUCCUGUGUCAAACUGCAGUAUGCACGUCAGCUGUGGGGAGUGCAUCCUAUCACGUGAUCCCUACUGUGCAUGGAGCAAGAGAGGCUGCCGCAGCGUCCACCACCACAUGCACGAUCCAAGCGCCCAACAAUGGCUCCAAGAUAUAGAAAAUGCAAAUACUGAACUUUGCCAGCAAGUCAACAGCACAGAUCCUAGUGGACGGAAGUUAGUCGGAAGUGAACCAGAGUGUAAGAGGAUUGUGCUGAAAACGAACAAUGCUACUACUUUGCCAUGCAACUUACUGUCCAACUUAGCAUCUCGCCAGUGGCUCCACAAUGGGAGAAUCAUAGACUCCUCUUAUUUUGUUUUGGAAAUGGGAGACCUGAUCCUAGUAAGUAGCCCAGAGAGGCUUGGAACCUAUGAAUGCUGGUCAGUAGAGGAGAAUUUUAAGAAGCUGAUGGUCAAGUAUUGUGUGGAGUCAGAUGGCAUUGUAAAGGCAACAACCCAGAGAGCCGAAACGGAAAUGGUCUUUCACCAAGUGAGUGCCAUUGACAAGAUUGUCAACUCUUCGAAAUUUGUGUCCUCUUCUGGGAGCCACUCUGCAAAGCUGCUCGGGAAAUCUUACUGGAAUGAGUUUUUAAUAAUGUCCACUCUUUUUGGGGUGGUAGUGGUCAUUCUAGUAUUGUUCCUCUUGUUCAAACACCGGAAAGGGAUGAAGUCUAUAUUGAAGCCAGUAGAUCAUCCCGACAAGCAAGCCAAGAAGCCACGUAAAAAUGGAAAACCCGCAGAAAGUUUGCCUCUGAAUGGAACAAGUGCUCCGGUCCCGCAAGCCGAUCAUAAAGGUUAUCAGACUCUGAAUGACAACUAUAUAAUCAGCACUCCUGCUCAUGAUCCUUUGCUAGCUAGUAAAAUUGUAUCAGAGUCCGAGAAAAGGCCUCUAAAUGUAAAAGACACUUUUGUAGAGGUAUCUCCAGCAUGCCCGAGACCCAGAGUAAGACUGGGCUCAGAAAUAAGAGAUUCUGUGGUAUGAGACACUGAGAAAUAAGAUCAGCAUUCCUAGACUUACAAGCCACUAAGGGACCCUAAGAAACUACUCAACAUGGCUUUGUGUUCCUUAAAUAUUUUGUAUGUGUGCAUGCAACUUGGAUUAUGAAGAUGGUCAACAUUUGAUUGUCAGCCCAGGCUACCUAUAUCCAUGGAUAGCUUCUAUGUGCAGAGAGUAUAAGUGUACAUUCUGGAAAUGCUAAUACGUCAUCAUCACCCACUACACUCAUCCUCAUGGUAUCCAGGCUCAGAAGAGCAAUUGUGUUUGCAACACUUGUUGUAAAGAAAGCACAUUUCCAUUUCAUCAGCCAUCUGGUAAAGUGUGUCAGGACCAUCUUUAUAUUGUUAGCACACAGUGAGUAGGGAUUUGUGGUACUGGUGGCGUUCCUGCACAAACGGUGAUCUUCAGUCUGCUAUGGAGCGAAAGACAAACUAAGCACAAAACGAGUUCCUAAAAUUCCUUGCAAUUCUGGGUAGAAUAUUAAGGGUAUUAUGUUCCCAGUGGAGAUGUUGCAGACCACGGAUAAGACUUAUACAUGCCAUUUCUGGCCAGAGACGAAUGGACGUGUGUGUCGGCAACACAUUUCUGGCCCGAGACGAAUGGACGUGUGUCGGCAACACAUUUUUUCUAAAGAAGAAGCACAAUUAGAACGACAGAAGGGUGUUUGAGGUUUAAUUCAUUCACGUACUUGCAGAUGGUAAUAUUCUACAGCACAUCAACCAAACUGAGGUACAAUGAGCCUUAAUGUCCAGUCAGAGGAUUUAUCAGGUCCUUGCCGUGUGGCACAAAGUACCACCUCAUGGACACUUCCAUUGCAUAUACUGCUGAUGAUCAUUUGUAUUCAAAAACAUUUUUCUUCUCAAACCAUUUUAUUUUUUUAUUGUUUUUUGGUACCAUGUUGCUUUCUUUAAAAUAAUGUGAAACCAGGAAUUGGUGUUAAUGAUGCCUACAACCAGCUACAAUCUGCCUAACGUGUAAGAGGUGUACACAAGUAAUUUUAUUUAUAAGUCAUAUUAUAAAUUCCAGCAACAUAGCUUUGGUUUUUGGAGCUGUAAAUAUACUGUACAUGGACUGUUUUUUUGUUUUUCAGUUUGUAAUGGGAUUUUUAUUUUCAUUUGUUAAAGAAUGUGUGUGUGUAUAUAAGAUGUGUUCUGUUAUAUGAAUUGAUUUCCCCAGUAUGUCUCGUUAAGGCAUUGUAUAUCGUUUCGACAAGCGGUUAGUGCAGAAAAGAAAGCAGUGUUCUAUGUACGUCAGAUACUAGGGUCUGCAUUUGCCGGUCACCCUUAGAGUUUUUCUAGUGCCUUCAUAUUAUGAGCUUCUGUUAACACAUACAGACAUGGGAUACAUCCCUCACUCAUUGCUUCCACUGUGUUCUCAUAUUGUAUCCUGUUAUGGUUUGAAGACUGUUAUGGAAGCAUUACCACUCUGCUAAUAGGAAAUACUGAUUGUGUGAAAGAAGACAUUGUCUACAGUAAGCACACACUCUACACACGCCGAUCUACACUUUGUUAUGCAGAAACACUGCGCAGCCUGAUCUGCAGUGCACUAAUAGUAGUUCUCUGGCGUCAGCUGUGUAAUGUGUAUCAGUGGUAUCGAUGGGUGCAUUCUGUCCUCACUACUGCCAUUUAGUACACAACUAGAACAGUUGUAUUUAACAUGAGGCAUAAAUUAGUCAGGUUUUUUGGAUGAGGCAAAGGCGACAGUAGUUUUCACUAUAAAGCACCAAUGUGCAGCUAUGUAAGUGGGUUAGUACUACCUUCAUUACUUAUAGACCUCAAUGCAGGUCAUUGCCUAAUGGUGCAAGUUUCUGGUCUCUGAGAGGGGACACUGGCACAUUAAGUACAGCAAGAGUUUGUAUGUGGCAGCGGAGCGUUGUUGGAGGGAAAGUUUAUUAGUGUUUGAGAAAAACUACUGUAGAACAUUCGGUAUGUCUUGGAAUGAAUGUACAGUAUUAAAUCAGUAACCUUAUGUAAAGCACGUCAUCAUGCAACAAAAGUGGACUGUAGCUAAAACUAAAGGUACUCUGUGUCUCGGACACAAUUGUUAAUAUACUACCUGUUGUGUAAAUGUUAAUUACCAGUUUUACAAUACUGUGAACCAGACAAAAGGGUUUAGUGUGUACAAUGAGGUGGCACUACACUCUGCAAGACAGGGACCUAUCGGUAAUACACGGAAUAAAGAGAACCACUUGGAACUCUAGACGCACACUGACCUGUGGCAGCAAGAGGAUGACUCUACCUUACCACAAUGCAUGCCUGGAAAUGCCCCAUCUGUUGUAAAUAUUAAUGUCCAGCUUUUCUGUGCCAAACCCUUUGUCAGUGUAGCUGUGUCCUUUAGAACAAAGUCUGCUGCCCCAUUUUGAUCUCCGUAUAUGUAUAUUGUUUUUUAUUACAGCACUUUAUUUUUAAUAAAACUUGGAAAAUUA